UGCGGAUAGGGUUGUUUAUUAUAUCUUGACUCGUAGCACUAACAAGGCGUGCAGUAUUAUUAAUAUUGUAGUAAAAUAAACUCUAUAUUUGUCUGCUGAAACGGACUUAAGUCAGUUUAUAGUAUUUGUCUUGUCACGUGUCAAGAGUACUUCAGGAAGCAAGAGCCCAGCUUUACACGACAUUCGCAUUCUUCAACAUCACAUUUAACUUCGUUUACAUGAUCGUGUCACUAGCCAAAAGAUGAAUUCAAUAACCGGAUUUGUGAUAGCUGUUACUGUCAGUUACUUGACCACGGUGAAUGCCGGAACAUCUGACCUGGGUCCUGUUGUAGCCACUUACACACCAGCAUGCCAGUUGGUAGUUGCUUAUAACUCCUCAGAAGUCUUAAACUUAACUGUAUCUUGCAAUUAUAUAAGUAUAUAUGCUGGGUAUUUUGACAGAGUGAAGCUUGGUUUCUGCACAGAAAAUGAAUACAACAACCUAACAGUGACGGUGUGUGGGGGUAACGUCACGGACACUAAAGUCAGUCCGGCUAGGACUAAUUUCUAUGCCGCCGUGAACAAUGUAUCCCACAGCUGUCAGUCCAACAUUUACACCUGCAUUAAGUCAUCCGUGAUUUCCAUGGCAGUGAGGCAGCAGGAGCAGUUCUGUUCCCUCAUGAGCCUUAACGUCGGCGGCACAACUUCUGAGCAAUGCUUGACUACAGGAGACCACAACUGUACCCAGGACGAGUUCAACCAGCUGAAGACAGCUGCAUGCAGUGUCAACAGCACAACUGUGGAUCAGAACUUUACCACGGCCUUACUGAGCACGACCUCAAAAUGUCAGUCUAUGAUCUCUUAUUGUGCUGGAAAUAGCAAGGACGCCUGGUACUAUGUGUUUGUUCUUCAGUACUGCCAGGCUUUAAAGGUCGAUAACGCCGAGGCCUGCUUUAAAUUUGACGGAGCCUGCACUAAUGCAGAGUUUGAUAUGCUGAAGCUUGAAGCUUGCGGCCCGGAGACGACGACAAUGUCAGUCAGCAGCCCAACCACCACCCUAUCCACACCUCCAAUUGGUGCUACGAAUCUCACCCUAACCACACCUCCAAAUAUUGCUACGAACAUUUCUGGGACUCUGAUGGUUAUUGUGCUGAGCUGGGCGACAGCUUUCUCCAGCACACUGCCAGAGUUGUAAUGACACUGUGACAUUUUUGUUAUUUACUCGAGUAUUUUUUUAUGACAUGUUCCUUCACUGUGUGCCCUAUAGUUUGUUACUCAAGAAAUUAAAAAAAAAAAUAUCUAUCAUUUAGACUUCAUUGGUCAAUGGACAUCCAAAAUAACUGAAAAGCUAAAGACGUCUUCUGACAAAUGCACCAGACGUUUUCAUAUUUCUUUUCAAUAUUCGAAUACAUGACGAAAAUUAAUGUGUAAUUCACAAGUUGAAAGACAAAUUUCCGUAAGGCCAGAGUGUUCCAAAAUUAUACGAUAACUAAAUUUUAAGUUGCUUCAAUUUGAUUGAAAGAAUAUAUAAGCUUUACUAAUUUUUUUUUACGUAAAUCUAAUAUGAUAGCAUCCCUAUUUUAGAUCGAGAAUGAGAUAUAGAUCUAGACUAAAUCCUAAGAGCUCUACAUGUGUAGAAGUAUUAGAUUUAGAUGGCCAUUUAAUAAUAAUAAUAAAUCACCAAAUUAUGAAUUCUCGCUGGCUGACUUGGUGAAUAGAUAGACAAACUUCCAGGCAUCUGACGGUCUCAAAAUCACGCGCUCGAUCCACGUUUUAAACCAAAUAUCAUUUUUAAUUACUUUUUUUUUGUUUUAUAUUUUAAUAGUAUUACAAGUUCUAAAUUGAAGUUAUUGUCUUUUUUUUUAAAUAUAUUUAUAAAUGUUUUUCUUGUUUAAUACUAACAUGUGUUAUUGCGUGAGUGUAACUAACAAAUUGAUAUAUUCUUCUUUAUAAUUUAGCCCUGGUCUUAACAAAUGAAAAAGCUGGACUGGAAAGGAGUGGGAACCUUUUGUGAUACCAAAAUAAAUCAAAUUUUAGAUUGGCUCAUCUCUAUUAUCUUCAACUAUAUAUAGUUGGAGAGUUGUCGAGGGUAGAUGUAGCUUGUUGAUUGUUACAAUGUCCGAUAUUCUGUUUCUUUAUUUUAAUAAAACGCAUGGGAGCCUUAUGUUGGUUUAUUCACUUGCAUUCUUACUCUGUGUCCCUAAUCAUUGUAUAUCUUACUGGUAAAACUCUGACAACUAUAAAAAAUCACAAGCACCUUGUAUAUUGUACAUCGGAAUACUAUUGUAAUUUACUGAUAUUUAACAUGCCUCUUAUGAGAGAGUGUUUUCGGACACUAAUGAGAGAUUCUCUUAUAUUUGUAAAACAUUUCAAAUAAGGUAAAUGAAUUCUAUAGGAGGUGCUGUGGCUGAGCGGUAAAGCGCUUGGCUUCUGAACCGGCGGUCCCGGGGUCGGAUCCUGGUGAAGACUGGGAUUUUUUAUUUCGAGAUCUUUGGGCACCUCUGAGUCCGCCCUGACAUUAGAUGGGGAAAAGUAAAGUCGGUUGGUCGUUGUUCUGGCCACAUCAUAUAAGUUCCUCAUAGAACAUAGGGCCUCGACAAAAACACGCCACUCUCCACGGUCUCUUGCUAGUUUUUUGAUGGCUUCCCAGCUCUUUCCUGUCCUCUCGGCUUCAUCUAGUACACUGCGUCGCCAGGUUCUUUUUGGUCUUCCUCUGCGUCUUGUUCCUUGGGGUUUCCACUCUAAGACCUGCCUAGCUCUGUUGCUGGUAUCUUUUCUAAGGGUGUGACCAAUCCAUCUCCACUUCCUCUCUAAGAUCUGCACUUCUAUAUUUUUCUGUCCACUCAUCUCCCACAGUUUGGUGUUUUCUACUUUGUCAUACAAGUGGGGUUUUUUUAGGAUAUUUCUCAGGAAUCUGUUGAUUAAUGUCUGUACUUUUUUUUUGUUGUCGCUUCAGUUGUUCUCCAUGUUUCAGAACCAUACAGUAGGACAGCCUUGACAUUAGAGUUAAAGAUGGCCACAUGACACCCUCUUAAACCGUAGGCCACAGAAUCAGAUGACCUUUACAUCUGCCCUAUAGACCACAAGGUCUGAAAAGGGAACUUUACAAUUUUUUUUACUAAAUGAAUUCUAUGCUCUAGCUUUUGGCUUAUCAAUGAGGAUAGUAAGAUUAGUAAGAAACAGUCCCACUGUAGAAAAUUGAAAUAAAAAUGUAUUUAAAUACAUG